CUUUCUUUCUCUGGCAGCACUCAGCUUUUUUGGCAGGAGUGACCAGAAUAAAAGCAGCAACACCAGACAUAGAAUAGAAAAAAGUGCAAUGAUCCAUCGAACCAAAUGCUUUGCUUUCCUAAUUACUUUGUGUCCCGUAUCAUUUUCUCCCACAUACCCCCUCCCCCUUUCACUUUUUUUUUUUUUUUUUUUUGAGACAUUUUUGAAGUGGUAAUUAUCUCCUGGAGAACAAAACCAGCUGAUUCAGGGAGGGCCAGUGCAUUUUAGGGAGAGAUGGCUAACAGGAGGGUUGUGUUGCUCCUUCUCGGAUUCAUCCUCACAAUACAGCUGAGUCCUUCACUGCAAGGAGGGCUGUAUGUGCCACCGGGUUCAGCUGGAGCAGGACCAGGAGCUGCUGGAUUACUACCAGGCGCUGGACUUUACCCAGGUGCUGGGACGUCCCAAUACAAAGCAGCAAAAGCAGCAGCAGGAGGAUAUGGAGGUGCUGCUGGGACAGGAGCUUUAGGGGCUGGAGGUUAUGGAGCUGGUGGUUAUGGGGUUUAUGGCACAUAUGGUGGUGCUGGAAGAUUUUACCCAGUGUCUGGAGGUCUGAAACCGGCUAAAUCAGGCACUGGGCUACCUGGAGGAGGUCUACCUGGAGGAGGUCUUCCUGGAGGAGGUCUUCCUGGAGGUGCUGGUGGAAAGCCUGCUAAAGGGCCAGGUGCAGGAGGAACUGGUACUGGACUUCCAGGUCUUGUGAUUCCUCAGACCGGGGUACAAGGACUGGGCCCUGGUGGGGUUGGACCUGGGGGAAAAGCAGCAAAGGCUGGAAAAGCUCCAGUGCCAGGAGUGGGAGUGCCUGGACCAUAUCAAGGAGGUCUUGUUCCUGGACAAGGAUUCAAUGGGCGGGGUGUUCUUCCUGGUGUAGCCACAGGAACUGGAGUCAAACCUAAAUCAGGUGGACGUGGAUAUGGACCACUGCAACAAGGAGUAUUUCAUGGAUACCCUCUCAAAUCUCCCAAAGCCCCAGGUGCUGGGUUACCCUAUACUGGUGGUAAACUUCCAUACGGUUACGGUGGUUUUGGUGGAGGUACUGGGCUCCCUGGUGGGAAAGCAGGAGCUGGAUCUAAGCCGGGUUAUCCGACAGGGACUGGUGUUGGGACUUUAGGGGUGUCUGCUGCACAGGCCAAAGCUGCUAAAUAUGGAGCUGGUUUUGGAGCGGCUGGAGCUUUUCCGGGUGGUGCUGGGGGACUUUACCCUGGUGCAGGAGCUGGUUUAGGUGGUGUUGGAACAGGUGGUGCUGGUGGACUUUAUCCAGGGGCAGGAGGUGUGGGUGUUUUUACACCAGCUCAAGCUAAAGCAGCGAAAUAUGGUGCUGGUCCUGGUGUUACUGGUACUGGUGGUGUACCAGGUGCAGGGGGACUCUUCCCAGGGGGUGUAGGAGUACUUCCUGAUCCGGCUAGGAUUGGUCCUGGUGGUGCUGGGAUUGUGCCAGGAGCUGGAGGGGUCUAUCCUGGAGCGGGAGGUCUUACUCCUGCUCAAGCAAAAGCUGCUAAAUACGGUGCAGGAGUAGUUCCUGGUGUGGUUGGGAUUGGUCCUGGUGGUGCUGGGAUUGCGCCAGGAGCUGGAAGUGUCUAUCCUGGAACGGGAGGUCUAACUCCUGCUCAAGCAAAAGCUGCUAAAUACGGUCCAGGAGUAGUUCCUGGUGCAGCUGGGAUUGGUCCUGGUGGUGCUGGGAUUGUGCCAGGAGCUGGAGGGGUCUAUCCUGGAACGGGAGGUCUUACUCCUGCUCAAGCAAAAGCUGCUAAAUACGGUGCAGGAGUAGUUCCUGGUGCAGCUGGGAUUGGUAUUGGUGGUGCUGGGAUUGUGCCAGGAGCUGGAGGGGUCUAUCCUGGAACAGGAGGUCUUACUCCUGCUCAAGCAAAAGCUGCUAAAUACGGUGCAGGAGUAGUUCCUGGUGUGGCUGGGAUUGGUCAUGGUGGUGCUGGGAUUGUGCCAGGAGCUGGAGGGGUCUAUCCUGGAACAGGAGGUCUUACUCCUGCUCAAGCAAAAGCUGCAAAAUACGGUGCAGGAGUAGUUCCUGGUGGUGCUGGGAUUGUGCCAGGAGCUGGAGGGGUCUAUCCUGGAACGGGAGGUCUUACUCCUGCUCAAGCAAAAGCUGCUAAAUACGGUGCAGGAGUAGUUCCUGGUGGUGCUGGGAUUGGUCCUGGUGGUGCUGGGAUUGUGCCAGGAGCUGGAGGGGUCUAUCCUGGAGCGGGAGGUCUUACUCCUGCUCAAGCAAAAGCUGCAAAAUACGGUGCAGGAGUAGUUCCUGGUGGUGCUGGGAUUGUGCCAGGAGCUGGAGGGGUCUAUCCUGGAACGGGAGGUCUUACUCCUGCUCAAGCAAAAGCUGCUAAAUACGGUGCAGGAGUAGUUCCUGGUGGUGCUGGGAUUGGUCCUGGUGGUGCUGGGAUUGUGCCAGGAGCUGGAGGGGUCUAUCCUGGAGCGGGAGGUCUUACUCCUGCUCAAGCAAAAGCUGCAAAAUACGGUUUGGGUGGGGCAGCUGGUACUGGUUUUGUACCUGGUGUUGGAGUACUGUACCCUGGAGCUGGAGGUGCACCAGUUGGUGGAGUAGUGGGGGGAGCUGGAGGAAUUCCUGGAACAGCAACAGGGGUUGGAGGUGGAGUGAAGCCUCCUAAAUAUGCAGGAGGGGCCGAUGUUGUCCCAGGCUAUGGUACUGUUGGUGGGCUCGGAGGAGUUCCUGGAGCUGUGCCUGGGGCUGGAGGGCUAGGAGCUGGAGCCAAACCUCCUAAAUAUGGAGUGCCUGGAGGAGUGCCAGGAGGAGUACAAAUAACUGGAGCAGGAGGAUCCCCUGCUGGAGCAAAGGCUCUUAAAUAUGGGUAUCCAGCAGGAGUUAAACCUCCGAAAUAUGGAGGUGCAGCAGGAGCACCACUGCCUGGAACUGGGACAGGACUGACACCAGGUGUUGGGGUUGGAGGAUAUCCUGGUGGAGUCAAACCUCCUAAAACUGGCGCUGGGAUCACUGGAACUGGUAUAGCAGCUCCUGGUGCAACACCUGGUGGUGAUGUAGUGGUCGUACCGGGGGGCACAGGCAUUGGUGUUCCUAGUGGUACUGGUCUCCCCGUUGCACCAAGUGGAAAACCAGCAAAGCUUCCAACCCUGGCUCCUGAAGGGACUGCUGUACCAGGUGGAGCACAAAGAGUGCCUAGUGCUGGUGUCUCUAAGCCUAAACCUGGAGUGGGUCCUGGUGGGGUUUACCCCUAUGGUUAUGGCCCAUUUUCUGGAAGCACUGGGAUUGGAACUGGUGUGUUACCUGGAGCCAAACCUCUAAAAGCCCCAGGUAUUGCAGGAGCAGGCAGUGUCCCAGGUGUAGGGGGAGUUGGGGGGGCAGGGGCUUUUCCUGGACUCGUACCUGGUGCAGGUGGAGGGUUUCCAGCAGGUGUGGGAGCUGGUGCUAAACCACCUAAACCAGGCUACGGCUCUUUGGGUACAGGAUUCGCACAGCCAGGUGGUGUAGCUCCAGGAGGAUAUGGAGGAUAUCCACAAACAUAUCCAGGAGGAUAUGGAGCAGGACUGUCACAACAACAAGCCAAAGCAGCCAAAUACGGAGGUGGACUGACGGGAUUCCUGGGAGCAGGUUAUCAAGGAGCCGGCUGCCAAGGAAAAUACUGCGGGAGGAGGAGAAAGUAAAGGAUCUCUAGAGAUGUGAAGUGACCUCAAGAAACGUGGUGCUACUGCAUGCUCCAGAAUGUACUUUUGAUACUCAAACAAUCCCAACAUGCACAAGUGUUAUGUUUUGUACUGAUGGUAAAUAUCUGUAACGAAUCCAAGAUCCCUGAAACAUCUAGUGUUUUGUGAAAAUAAUUCCAAUCCUAAUGGCACAUUCCAUCUUGUAACUGUUUCCUAUUAUACCCGGGUUGAUUAGCUGGCACUGCUGCUGUGUAACUGUCAACGUUUUAACCAUGACCUCUAAUUUGUGGACGUUCCCGAGACCAUCCGAAGCUCUUUUGCUCAGUUGCAGUCAUGUUCUCACACUCUAGACUCUUAAAGUAAUGCCAUUUCUUGCCUGCACAUCAUCAUCCAGCGUCCUGUCGACACAUCAGCGUGUAGGUUUAGAGUAAGUGAGCGUCACACUGCAGAUUAAAUACUUCUGACUAUGCUUCUCACGCUCCAGCAGCUUUACCAUUACAGUCCUUUACGGGUGACACUCUCACACACACAAGUUAUAUUUUGCAUGAAGAAACUUCAGCCUGUUUUAUGUAUGCAGUUAAACACAUAUUCCACCAAAAUUUGUAAUUGUUCUCUGUGACAAUAUUUAGUCUUAUUACUGUAAAACAGCGUGCUAAAAAAGUGUUUUGUUUAAAAGUAUGUAUAAAUACUUUUAUAAUGGACUUAUUUUCAUUUCUAACAUUAUUUUCAUUUUCUUCAUGAAAAUAUAAUUUCUUGUAAUUUUGUGAUGAAAUGUGGCCCGUGACACGUUCUUGACACAUUUUGUGAGCUUCACCCCCUCUGGAGGACUUGAAGACAGUUAGAAAGGGUGCAUUUGUAAACAGGUCAUGAUAAUAUGCAUAUUACUAGCAUAGAAAUACAUAUUACGCUAAGAGAGCUUUGUGAACGGCAGAAGGUCUGACAGGGACCGUGUUCGGCUCGAUUGCAGCAUUCAUUCUAACACACUGUGUGAAGUAUGAAGAGCUCUGCUCUGAUAAUGCUGAGAACAAGCAGAUGUGAAUGAUGCCUUACGUCUAAUAUCAAUCAGCUGUUUUGGAUCCGUCAAACUGAAAGUAACUCUGUAAAAUAGUAUUAUCAUAGUUCUGACUAGUACAUUAUGUAUGUUUAAAGCUGGAAGAUUAAAAGAUGUGCUUAUGUUUUUCCCCGUUUGACCAAGAAUGUGUUUAUUUAAUCUCUAAUAUAUAUCAUACACUUACAGUGGAUUGGAUCAUUUAACAACAGGUUACUUUGCCUUAUGUUGUUUUAACCAUCUGAACUUGACAUGUUGACCAAUUAUAUGGAGUUUGUCCACAUCAUAUGACAGAAACUCCUUUGCUUUAGACAGCUUCUGCAUUGUAGUCAUUGUGGAACUGUGUGUGCUAUUUUAAGAUGUGUCUGUGUGUGUAGGUGAUGUAUGUAAGUCCCCUCAACGUGUGUGUGUGUCCAGAGAGCUUCACCAGCCAAUGUAUUAUCAAACAUAUAAUGAGUCAGUUUUUCUAUACUUGGUCGAUACUGUUUCUCGAUCCAUCUGGGGAGACACUUUAUCAUGUCUCGGUGUACCAGGUGCUGUAUUUGACCUGUGAGCCCUACCAGGUCUUCUGUAUUGUGCCGUGGGAUUUCCAUCUUAUUUAAAUAAAGGGGCGGGGCUGUUGCACUUUUCCACAACCUAUAUCCUGAUCAGUUCCCGGAAGUCCCGGCUUUUACCUGCUCUAGUGAAAAUUUUUUAAUAAAAUAUACCAAAAAAUAAAAUAAACCUCCAACCCGCA